AUUUAAUUAUUUUGAUUGUUUCCUUCUGAAUAGGUAGUCUUUGGAAGUGUGAAUCAAGACACCCGGAUCAUAAGACCAGACCUUCCCAAUCACUUUGGUAUCUUCCUCCAAUUCCAACAGUGUGUUCAAGCAUUCCUUGGGAUUUCAGCUGGAAAAGAAGUCAUACAAGCUGUACAAACUUUUAUAGUUCCAAUACGAAAGAGGUUUUUGUAAGGGUAUUGUAUUUGAUAGAGACUGCUUUAGAAGUGGUAAAUACAGGUGGGCACAUAAAUCUCUGAUAACUAUAUCUUGGCACAUAAAUUCAAAUAAUAAUGGAUGCUGAGUAUGUCAUAUGCAAUUGGAAAGACCAGUUAUGGCCAGCUAAAGUUGUGUCUGUGUCUGAGGCUUCAUCAGAUAAUCAGAGAAAUAAGUCAUCUUAUCUGGAAGUUCAGAUUCUCUCACUAGAUGAAAAGAUUACAGUAGAAAGCACAGAAACAGUGAUCCUAAAUAAAUCUCAAAUCAAAGCUAUUGCUUCCACACUAAAAGUACAGUCAGAGGCCAGUGCUCUACCUAGGGAGGAAACAGCUUAUGAAAGGUCACUAAAAGUAGCAAUGGAUAUUCUGAGUGAGAGAGCAGAGUUGAAUAAGGCUAGUAAUUUAGAGGAAGAAGAGACCACUACUCUGUUACAAGAUGCACCAGAAGAGCUUUCUGGUUUGCCUCCUUUUAAAAAGUUUCGGAAGCAGGAAGAAGACUUAUCAAAAUGCUUGGAAGAAAGUGAAAAUUCGCCACCCCUGUUAGUGUCUUCAGAGAGUGAUAACACCCUGUGUGAUGACAAGUCACAGGUGCUCUCAACCAUUGAUGCUAUUCCAGACGAAAUGGAAACAAAGCCAUCCCCAAACUCCAGUUGGUGCCAGUCUUUCCCUUCAUUUCCAGAUGAUGAUGAUGAUGAAAAGGAGAGCAAGAAAAAGAUAGACAUCUUGACAUUCAUGCCUUUGAAUUACCCAAUCAAAGAGGAGGAUGAAUAUAUUAAAGAAGAAAAAUUCUCUCCACAUACACCAGCAGAUCUCUUCACUGUGCCCAAAUAUUUGAAAGAGGAGGAACAGGAUAUUGCCCCAGAGGCUCUGGCUGUUUCCUCUGAAAUCUCUACCUUCUCAGAGAAUAUUGAAGAUCCUGGAGAGGGCCCCUCAAAUCCAUGCUCAAUUGUCAACCAGAAUCAACCUUCUGUGGAAUCGGAAGCUGGAGCUGACCCCAGGCAUUGUUCAUUGGACUGCCAGCCUUCUGUAAGUGCCUCUACCAGUUCCCUGGAUCAUUCAUUCCUUAUGAAUAAUGAAAGAAGUUUUCAGAGACUGGAUUUUGAGGAUCUUGAGGAAGACUUCCAGGAUUCUGCCAAGGCAGCACAACUAAGUGCUAUUGCUGAAUCCUUAUUAAAUGACAAUGAGGAAGAUGAAGAACUUCCACGCUUCAUUUUUCAUUAUGAGCAACGUUCAUAUGAAACAGGAAUGAUCGUUUGGUUUAAAUAUAAAAAGUAUCCAUUUUGGCCAGCAGUAGUUAAAAGCAUUAGGCGAAAAGAAAGAAAGGCAAGUGUCCUUUUCGUUGAGGCAAACAUGAAUCCCGAAAAGAAAGGCAUUAGAGUCACUUUCAGAAGAUUAAAGAAAUUUGAUUGUAAAGAGAAACAAGAACUAGUAGAAAAAGCCAGAGAGGAUUACAGUGAAAGCAUUGACUGGUGCAUUUCACUGAUAUGUGAUUACAGAGUUAGACUAGGUUGUGGUUCUUUUACAGGCUCUUUCCUUGAGUAUUACGCUGCUGACAUUAGUUACCCACUGAGAAAAAUUCUCAAGCAGGAUACAUUCAGAAACAAAUUUCCAAAGCUACAAAAUGAAGAAUAUGUGGGAACAAUGGUUGCGACUUCCCAAACUAAGAAACUGGCCUUUCAGAAAAUUCUCCCUGACCGAAUGAAGGCUGCUCGAGAUCGAGCCAACAAGAACCUGGUGGACUUCAUUGUGAAUGCAAAGGGAACUGAAAGCCAUCUUCUAGCUAUUUUAAAUGGUACAAAAGGGUCCAGGUGGCUGAAAUCAUUUUUGAAUGCUAACAGAUUCACACCUUGUAUUGAAACAUACUUUGAAGAUGAUGAUCAGUUGGAUGAAGUGGUGAAGUAUUUACAAGAAAUCUACAAACAAAUAGAUGGAAGAAUGCUGAGUCUAAUAAGAGAUGAUAAAAUUAAAUUUAUCUUGGAAGUUCUUCUCCCAGAAGCAAUCAUUUGCUCAAUUUCUGCUGUUGAUGGGUUAGAUUACAAGGCCGCUGAAGCAAAGUAUCUGAAAGGACCAUCUCUAGGAUGUAGGGAAAGAGAAUUAUUUGAUUCAAAAAUCUUAUUUGAAAAGAGACGGAAACCAGUAGUAGCAAGUGAAAGUCAAAGUCAUUAAAUCUCCAGAGUUUAAACCAUAUCAGAGAGCUUUCAUAGAUACUUGUUAAGAAUGUGUGAACAGUACUUUAACAUAUAAAUGUUUCCUAGAAGUGAGAGACUUUGAGUGAUGUGUUCAGUUUCUAUGAGGUCUCUAGAUGCUGUGAGUAUUACUACAUCUUCAUUUCCAUUUUUUUACACUUUCUCAGUGAAUUUUAGUAACACAUCUUAGCAGUUCUACUUUCCCAUACAGUUUUAGAAUACCUAAUUGCUAAAAUAUUUUCAAGGGAAAAUACUAUUUUCAUUUAUGACGUUUUGUGUCUAUGCUGUAUAAGUAAAGACAGUGUGCGCAUUUUAGUAUUAAAAUUGCACUAGUAUCAGAUAUUAAGCAAGAUAACUAGAAAGAAGUCUAAAAACAUCUGUUAUAUAUUUUUGCUUACUUUUUAUAAAAUAUUAGGUUUUCUCUUAAGAUAGUUGAAUUAUUUUUUCUGCCAUGCUAUUUAUUUUUGGAAAAAUAUGUCUGAAACAUAGAACCAAAGAUAGAGAUAAUUUGCUAUAUAUUAUAACUAGCUUUGAUUGCUUUUUCAAGAAAACAAUAUAAAGUUCAAAAGUACCACAAAUUAAAUAUCUGCAUGUGGUCUAUAUACAUAUAUACACGUGAAUAACAUUUCAGCACACAGACUAUUGCAGCAUUGAACAGGAUUGUUCAAUCAAUACUUACCUGAAAUUCCAUUUACGAUUUAUGGGACUGUCUAUCCUUCAAUCUGAACUGUUGCUUAAAACUGACAGCUUUUUGGAUGUUUUCAUAAGUAGCUGUGAUUUUAUCAUAUUAAGAUAGUUGUCUGACAAUAUGUGUAAGGCAGCUAGAAUCACUGUAGUCACAGUCUGGCUAAUCUAACUAGAUUUUUACUACUUCUUAUGAGUCCAGACUAACUGCUUAAGUGCCCAUAUAGUUUGAUAUAAACUACAGAAAAUGUAAGCACUUUGUUUUCAGUCUUGUGUGUAGUCACUUGUCUCAAAUGAACCAAUCUUUAUAAUCUGGCUUAUUUGUAGAAUAGUUUCAGUUGAUUCUAAAAAUGUGAGUUCCAACUGGUAAGUCAUUCCAUGCUACUAGAAAGAGUAGGUGAAUCUGGAAAUUUGGAAAUGUACCAUUGAAAAAGCCUCUCCUCAGCAAAAUACGACAAUUAUCUGAGUAUUUUUUAAAAUACACAACUAAAGUCUAAAGCUACUGUUUUGCUUAUUCUAACUUGAAACAAAAUUUUAGUGAAAAUAAAUGUUUAGAGAGCUAUUUUACUUUUAAAAAUUUGAUGUGAGAAUAAAUGUUAAAGGCAUUAAAUGAACCUGUUUGCAUUUUUUCUUAUAUUGUAAGACAACCAUCACUGUAGAGCUUUUCUUAAGUGUUCAUAACAUGCUUAUCUAAAAUUUGUAGAAGCUGAAGUUUUGAUUAUAUCUUUCA